UCCCCUUGCUCAUGGCACUACCCAAACCCUAAUCACUCCAGAGAUGACACCUCCCACUCCCUUCUCCCUCUUCUUCCUCUUCUUCUUCUCCAUCUUUCUCUCUCUUUCUGCAACUAAAGACUCUGAAACCCACCUUCUUAUCUCCUUCAAGGCUUCUCUCCCUAACCCAUCUGUACUUCCCGACUGGCUCCCCGAUCACGACCACUGUACCUUCUACGGCGUCACUUGCCGCCAAAACACAGUUUCUUCAAUCCAUCUCUCUUCCAUUCUCCUCAGCGUAGAUUUUCGCUCUGUUGCUUCCACUCUCCUCACGCUUCAGCACUUGGAUACUCUCUCCUUGCCUUCCGCCAAUCUUUCCGGCACCAUUUAUUUUCCUUCUGGAUCCAACUGUGGCUCGCUAUUGACUACCUUAGAUCUCUCAUUCAACUCCCUUUCUGGUCCUUUAUCAUCUCUUUCUUCUCUUGCUUCCUGCUCAAACCUCCGCUCUCUCAAUCUUUCAAAUAAUCUUCUUCUUUCUUCUGCCAGAGAUUCAGGUGCUUUAACACUCCCUCGGUUGCAGCUUCUCGACCUUUCCCACAAUAAGAUUUCCGGCACCGGAGUUGUUUCUUCGGUUCUUGACGUCGGUUGCGCUGACCUCAGGCACUUGAACUUGAAGGGAAACAGAAUCACCGGAGAAGUUAAUGUCUCUAAUUGCUCUGUUCUUGAGUAUUUGGAUCUCUCCUCAAAUAAUUUCUCUGUGCCUAUUCCCUCAUUCGGCGACUGCUUAGUUCUUGAAUAUCUCGAUAUCUCCGCCAACAAGUUCUCUGGCGAGGUUACUCGUGCCAUUUCUUCUUGUUCGCAGCUGACUUUCUUGAAUCUCUCUAGCAACCAGUUCACAGGUCCGUUUCCGACGCUACCGGCCAAUAACUUGCAGUUUGUCUCUCUGGCAUACAAUGAUUUCCAGGGCGAGAUUCCUCCGUCUCUGGCGGACGCCUGUUCGAGUUUGACGGAGCUCGAUAUUUCCAACAAUAAACUCUCUGGUACGAUUCCCAGUAGCUUCCGUUCUUGCUCUUCGUUGGAGUCUCUUGAUAUUUCUGUUAACAGCUUCUCUGGAGAACUGCCGGUUGAAACUCUGCUGGAAAUGAGUAACUUGAAGGAGCUUGUUUUGUCGUUUAACGAAUUUACUGGUGCCUUGCCUGAUUCUUUCUCGACUCUUUCCGGUUUGGAGAUCUUAGAUCUGAGUUCCAAUAAUCUGUCCGGCUCAAUCCCUCCGGGUUUGUGCCAAAAUCCUAGGAGUAGCUUGAAGGAGCUCCAUCUUCAAGACAAUCAGUUAAUAGGGUCGAUUCCUGCUAGUUUAAGUAACUGUUCUCAGCUUGUUUCACUUCAUUUAAGCUUUAAUUACCUGACGGGAACAAUUCCUUCGAGCCUGGGGGCUCUUUCCAAACUCCGGGAUUUGAAGCUCUGGUUGAAUCAGCUCCACGGCGAGAUCCCACAGGAGCUGUUGCACCUUCAAGCACUUGAGACCUUGAUUCUAGAUUUCAACGAGUUGUCGGGGGCGAUACCUUCUGGUCUGAGCAACUGCACCAAUCUCAACUGGAUCUCAUUAUCCAACAAUCGGUUGACCGGCGAGAUUCCUGCCUGGAUUGGCCGCCUCUCCAAUCUUGCCAUUCUCAAGCUCAGUAACAACUCUUUCUAUGGUAGAAUCCCGCCGGAGCUUGGAGAUUGCCGCAGCUUGAUAUGGCUGGAUCUCAAUACUAAUUUGUUGAAUGGGACCAUACCUCCUGCACUCUUCAAGCAAUCUGGAAAAAUUGCUGCCAAUUUUAUUGCGGGAAAGAAGUACGCUUACAUCAAGAACGAUGGCAGUAGAGCCUGCCACGGAGCUGGAAAUUUGCUCGAGUUUGCAGGGAUUAGGGAAGAACAGCUGAACAGAAUUUCAGCAUGGAACCCCUGCAACUUCACUCGGGUGUAUAGAGGCCUCACACAGCCCACAUUUAACAAUAAUGGGUCGAUGAUAUUUCUUGAUAUUUCUUACAAUUUAUUAUCAGGGAGUAUACCCAAGGAGGUCGGGACAAUGUCUGAUCUCUUUAUUUUGAACUUGGGUCAUAACAAUAUCUCUGGAGCCAUUCCGCAAGAGCUUGGAGGCUUGACGGGUCUAAACAUACUGGAUCUCUCCUACAAUAGUCUUGAAGGGACGAUCCCAAAUUCUAUGACAGCCCUAACCAUGCUUAUGGAGAUUGAUCUGUCAAACAACUAUCUCACCGGGAUGAUUCCUGAAAUGGGUCAGCUUGAAACCUUUCCUCCUUACAAGUUCAUGAACAAUUCUGGUCUUUGCGGUUAUCCUCUCUCUCCUUGUGGAGGUAGUUCAGGGACAAAUGCAAAUUCUCAGCAUCAGAAAUCUCACCGGAGACAGGCAUCUCUUGUUGGAAGUGUGGCAAUGGGGCUGCUUUUCUCCCUCUUCUGCAUCUUUGGUUUGAUCGUAGCUGCGGUGGAAAUGAAGAAGAGGAGGAAGAAGAAGGAGUCAACUCUUGAUGUUUAUAUGGAUAGUCGUUCUCAUUCGGGCACUGCUAACACAAGCUGGAAGCUAACUGGUGCAAGAGAAGCCUUGAGCAUCAACCUUGCUACGUUUGAGAAACCUCUUAGAAAGCUUACUUUUGCAGAUCUUCUUGAAGCUACCAAUGGGUUCCACAAUGAUAGCCUUAUUGGCUCUGGGGGUUUUGGUGAUGUAUAUAAAGCUCAGCUCAAGGAUGGGAGUGUUGUAGCUAUCAAGAAACUAAUACACAUCAGCGGACAGGGUGAUCGGGAGUUCACAGCUGAGAUGGAAACGAUUGGAAAAAUCAAACACCGAAACCUUGUGCCCCUUCUUGGGUAUUGUAAAGUGGGAGAGGAGCGGCUGCUGGUCUAUGAAUAUAUGAGAUAUGGAAGUUUAGAAGAUGUUCUACAUGACCAGAAGAAAGCUGGAAUAAAACUGAACUGGUCUGUGAGGAGGAAGAUUGCCAUUGGUGCUGCUAGGGGAUUGGCUUUUCUUCAUCACAAUUGCAUCCCACAUAUCAUUCACAGGGACAUGAAAUCAAGCAAUGUGUUGCUUGAUGAAAACUUGGAGGCUAGAGUAUCGGAUUUUGGAAUGGCAAGACUAAUGAGUGCAAUGGAUACGCACUUGAGUGUAAGUACGUUGGCAGGGACUCCAGGUUAUGUACCACCAGAAUACUACCAGAGCUUUAGAUGUUCCACCAAAGGCGAUGUUUACAGCUAUGGUGUUGUUUUACUUGAGCUUCUAACAGGGAAAAGACCAACAGAUUCCGCCGAUUUCGGGGACAAUAAUCUUGUCGGGUGGGUGAAGCAGCAUGCAAAGCUAAAAAUCAGCGAUGUUUUUGAUCCUGAGCUCAUGAAGGAAGAUCCUAGCCUUGAGAUUGAGCUUUUGCAACACUUAAAAGUAGCUUGUGCAUGCCUUGAUGAUAGGCCUUGGAGACGACCAACAAUGAUUCAAGUGAUGGCAAUGUUCAAGGAAAUCCAAGCUGGAUCAGGACUCGACUCACAAUCCACCAUUGCCACAGAAGAUGGAGGAUUCGGAGGGGUAGAAAUGGUAGAGAUGACCAUAAAAGAAGUCCCUGAACUAAGCAAGCAGUAGGCGGGCUUAAAAAAUUUUCAGCAGAGGAGAAUUCUUUAAAGAAGAAGAUGGUGAUGAUUCAAAAUUUUCUGUCUUCUUUAGCACUCCAUACACACUGCCUCUUUUGUAUCUCUGCCAUUUAAUGUAUCUAUCUUGUUAUUUAUACAUAAGAAAAAGGUUGUUUGAAGGUGUUAUAAUGUGUAAAUAUACAGUUGGAUAUCAGCAGUUGUAAUGUCAUGGUUUUUAAUUUGCUCAUCCAAGUUUUGGGAGAUUAAUUUGAAUAUGUGAUGGUGAUCAAUUUGGAGGCA